CCUACGCUGAAUGUGGAAUGAAUGAAUCUCUAAUGAAUUACUGUUGUGUGUACGUUAGAGAAUUUGAACCAUGACAGCUUGUUAUUGAGCAUGAAUCAGUGUCAUCCCUGGUUUAGAUAACUUCAACGUAAGCUAACUGACAUCCCUUCGCUACUCGGUCUCUACACCAACCUGAAAGCCGGAAUGGCAGUAGAUUCUCUGUUAAACCUAUGCGCGGUCUGCGUCGCGAACUAUGCUGAUAACUACUACAGAGACCUUGGAACCUUGCCACAAAGCAUUAAGGAUAAGCUUGUACGAAUAAUGACUUCCCAAGGGACCGUAACCGAUUUUAACAUCAGUCAGCUACUGCAUAGGGGGAUCCAAUCACUAGAUCUGCAGAACUGCAAGGUAUCAGACUUGGCCCUGAGACAAGUCCACUGUCAGCAACUCAGGACCAUACUCCUCAGGGGAUGUGUCAGCAUCACCUCUGCAGGUUUGGAGGUUCUGGCGACCAGCUGUCCCGGUCUUCAGGUGGUUGAUCUCACGGGCUGUGUAGCUGUUACAGAUGCUGGGCUCGGAGCUCUCGCUCGCAGCUGUGCUGGCCUGGAGGUUAUUUCCCUCAGGGGCUGCACUGCGCUCAGUGACACUACCCUGCUGGAGCUGGGGGCAAACUGCAGGCUUCUGCAUAGUGUUUAUUUCUCAGAUACACUGGUCACAGAUGAAGGUGUCAUUAGACUAGCCACUGGAGUGUGCUCAAACAACUUAAAGGAAAUACAGAUGGCAAGAUGUCGAAACCUGACUGACAGAGCUGUCACUGUUGUUCUUACACACUGUGAUAACAUAAAGAUUUUUAACUUCCAUGGAUGUCCUCUUAUCACAGACCGGUCCAGGGAAGCCCUCCAGAAUCUUAUUGGUCCGGAUAAGAUCCGGCAAGUCAGCUGGACUGUUUACUGACUGCGGGAAAAACAAACCAAGAAGCAGAACAGGACUUCUGUACUGUGGGAAGAUAUCUGAUCACUGCAUGGGUGCUGUCUUAAAUCUAAAAGCUCCUUGUUCACUGUAAUCUUGUCAUAUGGCACCAGACUCUGUGAGACUGUUGUGUCCACUAAAAAAUGUUGCAAUGGUAUAGAGCAGCACUUGAGAGUGUAAUUAUAAAUCAGGUGGGUUUGAAUGCCUGUGCACCAAUCAAUGAAUUUACUGAUGAAGAUCAUUAGUGAAGUUUUUGACCACAUAAACUGUUUAACAGUGUUAGUGUAAGACUCUGCUACA